AUGGUUGAAAAUCAGUGUAAAGCUAGGCCAGUUAAAGCCUAUAUAAUGAGUGAUCUUUUAACAAAAUUCGACUCGGAUUCAACCAACGAUAUCGUAAGAAUGGCUGUUCUUGUUGUAUUCUGUCUUUUGUAUUUGGAAUACGUAGACACGGAGUACAGUCUCUGGUUGACCUGGUUCCUGACUCCGGUCAUCGUGACCUUCCUGCUGCCAGCGGUCAUCAUCGUACUCAUCUACGUCAGCAGCGUCAUCUUCCAUCUAUACAGACUUUACAGGUUACGGGUGGUAGAUGGAGUUCAUAGUGAUUGGAGACAUGCGGCUAGACUUGCUGUGUGUGCAUUAUGGGACGCUCAUGGGUGGUUAUGGCAUGGUUACGAGAUAAGAGGCUUCGAGAACAUCCCCGAUGGUCCGUUCCUCUUAAUAUACUAUCACGGAGCUCUCCCCAUAGACAUGUACUACUUCAUAGCUCGUAUGCUGCUUUUCAAGAGGCGUCACAUACACACUGUAGCUGACAGGUUCAUGUUUAAAAUACCAGGCAAGUACAGAACAUGCUGGUCCUCUCUUCUCGAGGGUCUGUGUGUGAUCCCGGGUACAGUUCAGACGUGUGCGGGUGUGUUGAGGUCCGGGAACCCGCUGGCCAUCUCUCCCGGAGGAGUGUACGAGGCUCAGUUUGGGGAUCACUACUAUAAACUGAACUGGAAGUCCAGGAUAGGAUUCGCUAAAGUCGCCCUGGAAGCUAAAGUCCCGAUAGUGCCCAUGUUUACCCAAAACGUUCGCGAGGCGUUCCGUACAGUGGGCUGGUUGCGAGGUAUAUGCCUCCGUAUAUACGCGGCGACCCGCGUGCCCCUCGCGCCCGUCUACGGGGGAUUCCCCGUCAAACUGGUCACUCAUUUAGGCACGCCCAUCCCAUACGACGCUACUCUCACACCGGAAACACUUCAACUGAAGGUCGCGAGCGCCAUAGAAGACUUGGUUGAAGAACAUCAAAGGGUCCCCGGGAGUAUUCUGCUCGCUCUCAUCGAGAGGGUUUACGAGAUGCCCAAAAAGAAGAAGAAGGUUCAAACGAACGGCUCGUGCCACAACGGCGUCACAAAACAGAACAGUUUCCCUGACAAGUGUGACACUGACAGGAGUGACGUCGCCUCUGUCAAAAGUGACGUCAAUAUUGUCAAAAGUGACGUCAAAAUUGUCAAAAGUGACAUCGACACCGGCAAGUGUGAUAAUGACAGAAGCGACAAGAAAGUAUCAUAG